GUCAGUUCGGCUUAAAGAUGGCGGCGGUUUCUGAAUUUGCGUUGUCGAAAAGAGGGUUGAUCAAACAGACCCCUCCUAAACCGUUUCUCAUAGGAGUUGCUGGUGGAUCAGCUUCUGGAAAGGUAAGUGUUUCAGAAUAUCGCCACUUACAAUUCUUGUAAAGGUGUUUAGACGAGUCUUCAAACACCAGGCACUAUUAUUCUAUUGUGUUCUUCUGCUUUUUUCUGUCUUCUUGGUUGCGAACAUCGCCUCGAUCUGCUCUUCGAGUCGACGCUAUAAAGAGAAAGUAUCAUUAUUUAACUUAAUAAGAGUAUACUACUGUAUUUUACGAAAUGCAUAUGAUAAUUUAUUGUUUCGAAAGCUCUAGUUUUCUGGAUGCAAUUGCGUUUUCAAACUGAACUGUUUCACGACAUUAUUUCAACUGGCACCAUGAAGUAUUUAACAGUUUUUAUUGCAUUGUCAACAUAACGCGAGUAAUUUUAUAUUUUUAUCAUCUGUCAACUUUGACGUCGCAUUUUAUUCAGAAUGUAUAAUUCAGCAUGACAAAUUUGAGGGAGGAUCGGCUAAUGUCCGCCUUUAAUCCCUAAAUGGGACUCAGUUCGCCUGUGAACAACGACAAAAGGCAAAGACCAGAAGUUGUAAAUCGUUUCCUUCAAAUGCAUUUGGUAAAGCUGCGAAAAUUUCUCUCUGAAACCUAUGGUAAUUGCUUAAUACCAAUAAUAUGGCUGUUCCUUGAGGUUGUAGAUACAGACCAAUACAUCACAUCAAUAAUUAAUGAAUCAAGGGGAUUUGAAUUAACAUGUCCGUUACGAGGAAGUGACUGCCCGCUAACUGCAAAUAAAGCGUAGCUUUUGCUUUCCCUCUGCCCCAUAAGGCUUUGGGAUAUAUUUAAGUUAGUAAUGAGUACUGCUUUACCAAAGACAUGGGAGAUGUUACUGAAAAAUUUUGAGCUCUGGCAGUUUCAUGAAGGUUAGAUCUAGGAAUGUAAUCUAUCAAUCUUCCAAAGUCUCUCAAAUGCAUAUGCUAAUUUUUUCGUUUUUUCAAGCAAUGAAUCAUAACACAUAUUUUUAGCAAGUUUUCAGCCCUUAUUCCUGUCUCUUAUUUCCUUUCUUUCUCAUAUUAUUACAUAAAAUUAUUCACUGUUGAUAAUUAUUAUUAUUUAUUUAAAUCUAUGAGGUUCAACGGAAUACCAUGUUAGUGAUGUAGACUCCCCUCAAGAUAUUUUUACUAUUGUUGUCAUUGUAAUUUUUUCUAAUGAUGCAGUAAUAUGAACAAGCUUUGAAAAAAGGUUAUGUCCCAAAAUUGUUGUGUAGAAAAGACUGUAACUAUCAUUUAAUGCUCCACUCUUUGUAGUCAACAGUUUGUGCCAAGAUAAUGGAACAACUUGGUCAGGAUGCAGUAGAAUCCAGAAGAGUUGUUAUCAUCAGCCAGGAGAGUUUCUACAAAGAACUUUCUGAGGAGGAAGCUGAGGAAGCUAAAGUGGGAAAUUUCAACUUUGAUCAUCCAGGUGACCUGACCUACAACUGUUCUACAAUAAGAUCCCCCACAAUUUCCUCUUUGCCUCAUUGAAUAAAGAUAUUUCCGUCAAACAAAUCAUGAUUACAAGCAUUUUUUAUGUAGAGUGAUGCAGUACCCCCAUUCCAUUUGACCCUUGGAUCCCAAAGAUGGACCAGCAUCUCCUUUCUCCAUGGAAUAUCAUCCUGAAUAAAAAAUUAAGGUCACAAGAAUAAAGGAAAGAAGCUCUUGAUUGUUGAGCAAAUUCUCCUUGUCAGCACCUUAGGAAAUAUAUAAGAUCAGUAUGGAGAAAAUGCAUGCAGAUAUAAUGGUGCAAAAGGUUAUAAGAGAAUAAAUUAUUUUGAAUUACAUUUACAGUAUAUCAUUAAAUUUCUUUUUCAUCAGAUGCGUUUGACUUUGAGAUGACACUUGAUACUUUAAAGAGAGCAAAAGUAGGUGAAACUGUUGAGAUACCUCUCUAUGACUCCGUCAAUGCUACAAGGUGAGUGUUAAAACCUAAAAAGGUGUCAGUGCUGUUGUCUGAAAACUUCUUGGGACUGUUUGGGACAGGGAAACUGUUGAACUCAUUUCCCAAAAACUGUACACUCCUCACUGCAAGGAGAAAAUUAAUUGCCUUACCUAAGAACAGAACACAACAUCUUGGGCCUGAAUAUUAUGAGCUUUAGUUCAAUGCACUCAACAUAUUUUUCUCUACUAAAACAGGCACACAGGUUGAUGAUAUUGGUGUGGUUUGAUCAGCCAAGUGACCAUACCAUUUAUAAAACACCAAUAUGCUUACAAAAGUAUAUUACCAUUGAAUUAAAAUUAAUUGCACCAAAGCUGGACACAAAAACCCCUAAAAAAACUAGCAAGUGGAAAAAGGGGGAACAUGUACCCCCGACCAAGGCAGUGGUGCCACCCUUGGGGUGUUAGUGUAUUAUACACAUUUGAGUAGAUGACAGUUACUUAAUAUGGAAGUAUACAAGUACAGCUCUAAAUAAAACCUGACAAUAUUUCAGAAUUAGUAAAUAAAUUUCAACGAAUACAAAAUCUAAAAACUUUACAUAGCAAAGGCUGACAAUAGGAUGCUUCACCCCACUAAUGACCUCAAAUUUUAAACUUCGAUCUGAUAACUCUUCCAGCACCUCACAUCUGCCUCCAGUCCUCUGAUGUGCACCAGCAAAAUUUAAUUUAUGUUAAUUAGAAUUAUCACAAAUUACAUUUGCUACAGCACCAUGUCUCCUUAGCUCAAUUUGUUAGUCUCGGGUAAAAUUACAUCCAUUUUAGGUUAAAGGUAACAGGAAGUGUUUAAUUUUAUUUAUAAUAAGAUCAAGUAACUUUUACCUUUAUUGAUUUUAACAGUUUUGAGGAGUUUUUCGGUCAAGAAUCAUAAUUAAGUGUGUCAUUUUUUCCAAUGUGGUAAUUGUCAUGAAUCCAUAGUAUUGACUUCAGUUGUUGGAGAGAGACUAGAACAAAGUGUUCAAUAAACAAAUCAGAAGAAGGGAGUGGGUGGGGAUGUGUAUAUUAAUCAAAUAUCUCCAGAAUUCAGGGCCAGGUUAUCAGAAUGAUGGUCAGCAAUAAUACAGGAUUAAACAGUUAACUUGUCCUUGAUUUAACUUAAAAUUGAGCAUUUUGGCUAACACUCUAUUAACUUAAUCAUGCUUUGCACAUCAAGGCCCAGAUUUUCAGAGGCUUUCAUCUCUGUCAUAAUUAUUCCUCUAUCCUUUUUUUUAACUACAGACAAAAAGAAUCUGUCACAAUAUACCCUGCUGAUGUGAUAUUAUUUGAAGGAAUCUUAACAAUCUACUUCAAGGAACUACGUGACCUGCUUGAUAUGAAGCUUUUUGUGGAUUCAGACAGUGAUACCAGACUAUCAAGAAGAGGUAUAUAUAAUUUGUGAAAGUUAGAUAUAUCAUUAAUUACAAGGAUGCAGUCCAGUGUUUUUGGUCUAGAAAAGGUGCUGUACACUCCAAUAAUAUUGUGGUGGCUUUGUCCAUCAAAAAGGAAUUCUCUGCAACCAUGUUUUUCUGUAAAAACUACACCACAGAUUCAAACAAUUUUUUUUUUGUGAUUAAUUUUACCCUCACUUGUGGACAGAUGUGAACCUUCAGGUUGGUGUGCUUCUUCAGCAUUCUAUAUAAAACUUGCAGAUUGAAUGAAUUUUGAACUGAAUUUGUCAUUUUUGACUUACCACCUUUUGUGGACAGAUGUGAACCUUUUGGUUGGUGUACUGCCUCCUCAACAUUCUAUAUCACAGUAAAUGAUUCUAUGGACUCUAAUUUUCAAGUAGUUAAUCAUAUACUGUGUUAACUGCAAACUGAAUUUAACUCAUAAGAAUUAGAGGGAAACUCACCACUUUGUAUCUUUGUUGACAGUGUUAAGAGAUACUCAGGAACGAGGGCGAGAGCUUGAUCAAGUAUUGGCCACAUACACAAAUUUUGUAAAACCAGCAUUUGAAGAUUUUUGUCUUCCGGUAAGUUUAUAAAACUAUUGUGAAUUAUAAUGGGUGGAGUUUAAAUUUUUUACCAAAAAUGUGAGUUGAAAGUUAUCAGUAAUUAAUAAUUUGAGGAAAUUUUUUUUAAAUUUUGUAGACAAAAAAGUAUGCAGAUGUGAUAAUACCAAGAGGAGCAGAUAACACAGGUGAGGGUUGCUAACAAGUCAAAAGUUUAUAUCAGGAGCUUAAGAUAUUUUAACCCUUUAACUCUCAAGAUCUGAUUGUUAAUUCUUCCCUCUUGCUGCCACACAUUUCCUUGUAAAUUUGUAAAUUUGGUGUUUCUUCUACCUGAAAAGUUUUGGGUGUUCUCGUCACUCAUUUGCUUUGCUAUUUGUUAAUUACUUCUGGGAGUCAAAGUGUUAAAGAAAACAUCUUUCUGACUGUGAAGCCCACUCCUUAUAAGCAUUGUUUUGGGGGAAUUGGGACUUUUUCAUCAAGGGACCUAGUAAUUUAUUGGGCCUGAAACCAUACUUUAAAAUCAAAAUUCAACCAGUCCAUUUUGUUUCUUUAGCUGGUAGUUGUAUCUUAUAAUUUUCAUAUCUUUUGAAAUCCUUAUCUUGAAUGAAAACGCAGCAGCUAAGAAUAACUUUUACAGUCCCACAACCUUUAGGAAACAGGCUCCUGGAGAGUUAAGAUUAGCUGGGAAUAGCUCUCUAGUUAAAUUCAUCAUGUGCUUCCCCAAGUGACUUUUGAUGUAGGUUGAAAUUCUUUAUGUCUAUCAUAAAGACAUUUGUAUCAACUUGGGAGGAGAAUUUAGUAGUAUAUCAGAAAUCGCUGAUGACCUUCCAUGUACACCUUCAGAACAACUUUAGGUCACAAAUACAUGUUUGAAAAAGUGUUGUAAGCAAGAUUGCCAACUAAUAAUAUUUGGCUGCGAAUAUUUGAAAAUAAUAUAGUAUUACAUUAACUGUGGAUUAACUAAUGUAUAUGAGAGUGAUCUAGAAAGUACAUUUCCACAACAUGUGUUUAACCUGACUGAAAUAAUUUCUCUCUUCUUAAGUGGCUAUUGCCCUCAUUGUUCAACACAUAAAAGACAUUCUGAACGGAAACAAGAGCAUUCGAUCUGAAGAUAGUCAUGAGCUUGAACGCCGUCAAAGAUGCCUCUCUGACUCAAGUAUGAAAUCAUCCAGACCUCACUGAUGACUUGAAUUUACCCCAGACAUACCCUGUCCUGAUGCUGCAUAACUUCUUGUAGCAGUUAAAAUGGAUAGAAAAAGCACAUAAAUUAACAUAAAGUUUGCUUUGUUGUGUUCUGGAAGCACUGUAAGAUAAAUGGUGAAGUAUCUUUACUUAAUAACCUAAAGCUGAGUUUGAAAUAUGCAAUUUUAAGUUAAUACUUUUCUCUGGUUUUCAAUAGCUAGUUCUAACUUGAUCUAAUUCUAUAUAUAUUUUAAUUUUAAAGUGAAUCAAGAACUAAUCCAAAUAGCUUGGAUAUACUCAUUUUCUUGGAAACAUCUUUGCUAUUUUAUUCUGUAAUUAGCACUAGACAGAUUUUAAGAUGCUCUUUUAAUGGUAACAUUCUAAUUUUUUGGAGUUAGUAGCCAGUGAUGCCAUGUAGCAAAAUCAAGUACACAUGUUUACUGUUGCUGUGGCAGAUCUCUUUCAAAGUGCUGUAAAUCUUGAGCCUACUUCAUGUCUUAAAAAGAUAUAAUUACUCAUGAUUACACAUAGCAACAUGUGACAGUUUGGUGCUGCAAGAUCAUGGAAUGUUAUAUAAAAACAGUUAUCAGGCAGGCCUGAUAAUAUCAUUACACAGUAGGGUUCCUAGGGAUCUUAAAUGACUAUUUAUGAUACUUCAAUCUACUAUUAAUUUAUUGAAGUUUGACAGAGAAUAAUCUGAAAAUUUAGAAGGCAAUUUCUACAGCAAACCUCUGUCGCUGUUUAUUAUUUCUUACAGUAUAUUAGAAUACAGGAGGUUUUUCUUCUUACAAUUUUUAGUUAAAUUUUAGUUUUAACAUUUGAUGGACAAGCUAAGUGUGAAUUCAUAGGCAUUGGAGAUUUGUUUCCAGGACCAAAUGUCUGGC